CUUGGGCUGUUUAAUCAUUAAAGGAAAGAAAUCAAGCCAGGAGCACCUCAAAGUCCAGCCUGGUGGUGACAGACUGUAACAGAAGAGCAUGGAGCUGGCAGCAAUGAGGCCUGGAACUUCCGGAAAUGGGGUCAAGACCGUGACAGCUCCACGCUCAGCGUCGGGCGUGGGAGUCAGCCUGCAUGCCUACGACAUUGGAGUCUUGGUUGUUUACUUUGUCUUCGUCAUCGGUGUGGGGGUCUGGGUGAGUAGGCCCAAAGGUCAGACCAGCUCUCCUCUGGCUGGCUGUGGAGCCAGGGGCAGGGGCGAACAGAAGGAAAAUAAAUGGGGAGGCACAGAGGCUGAGAUGCAAGGGUCUUCAGUAGUCAUCUUCUCCAGUCUGCGGGGCCUGAUGAUCGCCGUGAUCAUGGCCGCCCUCAUGAGCUCACUCACCUCCAUCUUCAACAGCAGUGGCGCCCUCUUCGCCGUUGAUGUGUGGCAGCGCUUCCGCAGGAAGGCGCCAGAGCAGGAGCUGAUGCUGGUGGGCAGAGUGUUUGUGGUGUUCCUCGUUGCCAUCAGCAUCCUCUGGAUCCCCAUCAUCCAAAGCUCCAGCAGCGGGCAGCUCUUCACCUACAUCCAGUCUGUCACCAGCUACCUGGCCCCGCCCAUCACUGCACUCUUCCUGCUGGCCAUCUUUUGCAAAAGGGUCACAGAGCCUGGAGCCUUCUGGGGCCUCAUGUUUGGCCUGGCUGUGGGACUUCUGCGCAUGAUCCUGGAGUUCUCAUACCCAGCCCCAGCUUGUGGGGAGGCAGAUGGGAGGCCAGCCGUGCUGAAGGACAUGCACUACCUCUAUUUCGCCCUCCUCCUCUGUGGGCUUACUGCCUUCGUCACCAUCACUGUCAGCCUCUGUACAGCCCCCAUCCCUGAGGCAAAGCUUGCUCGCCUGACAUGGUGGACCCGGCACUGUCCCCACGCUGAGCUGGAGGAGGAGGCCCAUGAAGGAACCACAGGAAUAAGGGAGACACCAUCUGGGGAGUGCCCUGCAGCAGGCAGAGGGGCAGAGAACUCCAGCCAGGGCCAGAAGCAGCCUGGAGCCCCAUGCAGGUCCUGGGGAAAGUGGCUCUGGGGCUGGUUCUGUGGGCUCUCCAGGGCCCAAGAGCAAACCCUAAGCCCAGCAGAGGCAGCCGCACUCCAGCAGAAGCUGACCAGCAUCGAGGAGAAGCCACUCUGGAGAAGCGUCUGCAACGUUAAUGCUGUCCUCCUGCUGGCCAUCAAUGUCUUCCUCUGGGGCUAUUUUGCAUAACUUCACAUACCUGGCUUCAGCGGAGACAGGUUAAACACAGCCUGCCAUCGAGAUAGGCUUUUCUCCCACCUUGCUGUUGAAGCUGGAGACCACAGAAGCUGGGACUGCAGGAGCCCCUGCAGAGCAGCUCACCCGGUGUGCACACUGGACAAGGGGAGAAAUGCCGGCCCAGAGAGAGCAUGGGGUUUGCUCAGGGUCACACACUGCAGGACUCAUGAACUGGGUCUCCUGACUCCAGCUCUCUUUCCAUCACACCACUUUCCGUUCCUACCUCAAAAACACUGCUUCCCCCCUCUUGGCGAAUCUCUUCAGGAAUUUUACUGUAUUUUGAGGUGAAAAUGUGGGAGAUACAAGAAAAGCAGUGGCAAGAACAUUGCAGAAAUCGAAAUGCAUCUUUGCUCACCUGUAUCCCUUCCUUCCUCCUUCUUCUUGCCCUGUCUAUCCAGUUCCCAGCCCCCAGGCAGCUAUUUCUAGCAGACAUCUACCCAGGAGGGACUUACCCUUCCAUUGGUGGCUUUGCAGGGGUGCCUGUCAGGCCCAAAGGAUGGAGGGACCAGGUGGAAAGGCACAAACAAUGCAGCUGGCAGGGAGCUCGGGGGCAGGGACUCUCGGCACCACUCACCUUCUGCCUCUCCCUACCUGCACACACACGUGUGCAGUCUCCAGGGCCUUGGUGAACUUAAAGGCUACUUAGGGAGACAUGACUUGUUGAAGAAAAGAGUCAGGACAGACUGCUCUGUGCUUAAGAGCAAGUGGAGGAGCCAGGGAAGCUGGGCCUAUGACCCUCACCCUUUGCCUGCUAGGCAUCCCCUGCCCUGGGAAGCUCCAUGACCCUGCUUGGGUCCCUCCUCCAAAAGCUGUUCAUGCCCACAACCAGGUCAAGGUCCCCCUGCUCUACACCUGUGGACCUGCUCCUGUGGCAGCGUGGGUCGCUGUGCGGUAAUACUUGUCUCCUUCAUGAGAUCAGUACCCCAAGGGGCAAGGGCCAAGGACCACAUCCUGAGUGACUGUGUACCCAGACAUUAACGGGUGUUCAAAGAUGUUAUAUUAGUAUUCUUUAGGGUCCUGGUGGGCUCUGCACUGUGGCUGGCACGGUCACGCACAAGGUGGGGGGAUUCUCCUUCAGUUGGUGGCGGAGUGAUGACCUUACCAUGGCCACCUGCAUCCCAGAGUAGAUACGUCCCCAGCACCCAGCAUACAGCCUCAUGGUCCCCUGACUUCGCUUUCAAAGAAAGUGUCAGAGUGACAUAUCUAUAUAAUCAUUUCAUUGAUAUUCACCUAGACUGUAAGUUUCCCCCUGCCUCCCAACACCUAAAAGGUUACCUGCUACAUCAUGAGUGCUAAAAAACAAGUAUUGCAUGAAUAAAUGAAAGAAUGAAUUAAUGAAAGAGUGAAAAAGGGUCCUUAGCAGAGGAAACCAAAAAUUCAAAACAGAGGUGGGAAAAAACAUGACAAACAGGAAACAAAAAAUAGUGUAAGAUGUCAGAAUUGGCAAGUCCACUGCUAGUCCACACUGGCUCCUUUGGGAAAGUAAGCAAAAGGUGCCCUUCCUUCUUGGCAUAUGUGAGUCCUCUCCAGGGCUCACAGGUGGCAGUCAGAGCCCAGUCUGUGUUCCUGCCCCUCCAUGCCCCUUGGCCAGGUGCAUUUGUGCAGGGCACCAGCUGUAUAUCCAUGCAUGGUAGCCCUGCUGUGCUGGGAGCAGCUAGGGAGGGGAGCAGAGGUCAGCUGGGGUGCAGUGGGGGGUUCCCUGCCAAACUUGGGACUUCUUAUCUCUUACCUGGAUCUCUGCAUCGUUUCUUGUCUAUAAUCUCUGUUCUCAAUUUCUCCUCUUCCAAUUCAGCCUAGGCACUAAAGUGAGGGUAACCUUUGUAAAAUGUAAAUCUUCCAUUUGCCUGUUUAAGGUUCUAUAGGAGACAGUGUUUCCUAGCCUGGCAUGAGGCCCUAUAAAAACUGGUAGAAAUACCCCCACGGUUCAGUCCUUGGGCUCGCUUCUCUAUUCCAGCCAAAGAGAGGCUGUCCUAUGCAGUGGUUAAAAGCAGGCCCUUGGCAAGUUGACCUUCGGCAACCAAGCCUUGGCUCUGCCACUUGGUAACUACAUGAUACUGAGAACAUUGCUUAACCUCUCUCUGCUUCCUUCCUACCAAAUGGAGAUGGUAACUGCAGCUGCUUCAUAGAAUUGUUGAGAGGAUUAAAUGAGUUUAUUCACAUAAAGUAUUUAAAGCAAUGCCUGGUGCAUAGUCAUUGUUAAACUCAAUGAACAUUAGCUAUUACUACUACUGUUAGUAGGUCAGCUGGGCACACAAGGAGGCAUGAUGGUACCUGGUCAUGUUAUUUUAGAGCCAGCAUAACCUGCUAUCAGAGCAAAAAUGGAGGAGCAAUACAUUUUUCCUGAGCAAUCAGGAAAGGAUCUAAAAGAAAAGCACCCACUGGAGCUGGCCUUUGGAGCAUGGAUAGGAGUUUUGAAGAAGUCAUACAAGGUAGAAGGGACAGCAUGUGCAAAGGUGGAAAGGUGUAAAAGUGCAUGGUGAAAAACAGGGAUAGUAUUUAUUCAUUUGCAAAUACCAGUCCUAUGAUCACCUUUUGUUUCAGCCUCUCAUCUCUGAGGAAGAGCUGUGAGGUUUCCCGAGAGAUGUGGAAAAAUUCUUGGUCCCCUGAAUAGAACAGGCUGGAAGUGCAGGGGACUUCAAGUCCUGGGAGCAGCCCCCAACCAGGAUAAACAAGAGUUGGUGGAUGAGCACUGCCAGGUUCCUGCCUCUCCAGUGGGACAACUUUGGGCUUGUUCUAAACCACUCCAGAAGUUCUUGGGGGAACAGAUCCCCAGUUGCCCCCAGAGUUAAUCUGUUCAUUAACACAUCCUAAAUUGCUGUCUUUCCUGCCCUGUCUGAUGUUUUCCCUAUGUUCCUGCUAGUGUUUCCUGGGAUUGACCCUUCCCCACCCCUCAACAUAAACCACUACACCUGUUUUCAUGUAUUGCUUCUGGGGAAACCAAACUAGAUAUCUUUUAAGACUUGAAGGUCCUUGAGUCCUAGCUUAAUUUUGCUACUACUUACUUAUGGGUCCUCUGCCCCAGUACCUUAGUUUAUUCAUCCUUGAUAAGGAAGGGAAAUGCAAAGAUUUGAAUUUGUUUUGAUGAACUCCAGGGAGCCUUCUAAUGCUAACACUGUAUGCUUCUGAUUCAAUUCCACAUAUGGGCCCUUGAUGGGGGAGGGGGUACAGGAAGAGCAAGUCACGUGCCAGCACACUUGAGUGGAAAUAAUGCAAAUAGAAAGCACUAAAAAGUAGUUUUCAGAGAAUUGAAAUGGGUUUGCCAUGAGCAAUAACAACAUUAAGAAAUAGCUUUGGACUGUAGAAGGGUGAUGUUUAAAAACAAAUAGUGCUCUUAAAAAUGCCAUGAAGAAAUGUUUUUAGAAGUAAUUUACAAUUGAGCUUGGACCACAGAAGCACUCGAUUUAAAAUGUGAAACUCAUUACUGUGUCCCUGGGUGUGAGAGUUCACAUCAGUUAGAAGCGGGUGGGCGCUGCUAGAAGCCUAGGCAAACCCAUGUCAGUUUUCCAUUAACCUAGAACGGGUGUCUCUCUAGACUUCCAGCUCUGAGUAAGAUUACUGUAAUUCCUUCUUUUCUCCAGGGUGAAAAGUUGGGAGAACUUUAAAGGUUAUAUAUAAAUAUAAAUCCUAGAGACUUAAACUGAGUUAGUUACAGUUUACUUUCAUAUUUCAAAAUCAAAUCUCAGCUUUAGCCUGUACUCCCAAUGUAGAAAUGUCAGAUUUUUUUUACUAUGAUCUGACAUAAAAUCUACAACUUUCACUUAAGGAAGAAGAAAAAAAGACUCCCACCAUUAUACCUUAUCCCCUGAAUAAAACACAAAAGCCUUGAUUCACCUCUCAGUACAAUUUGUAUGUAAAUUUUAACCCAGAAUUCUGACUUCACCUGCAGGCCUCUCCCCAUCACACUGCUCAUAUAUGCCACAUUCUUGGGGAAUUGUUCUAGUUUCCAGGCACAUGGAAUAAACGUGCAAAAAAUCUACAGUCCAAGCUAAUAAAACAUCUAUGGUUAAUCUAAUGAAAAAGGCAGGCAAGUAAGCAGUACCUUGCCAUAACGACUAAAAUUAGAGGUAGGAACGACAUACUUGGGAAAAACAGAAAAAAGGGCAACCAGUGACCUGGUAGAGUUCAGGAGGGCUUCACAGAAAUGACAUUUAAUGUGGAUUCUGAAGGGCGUGUAGUGAUUUUUGUGUGGAAAAUGGAAUGAAGAAGAACAAGUAGGCCAAGGGUAUGGCAUGUUUAGGGCAGAGUGAGACUUCUUGGUGUGGCUGCAGGAGAAUGAAGCAGAUCAGCCUGGGGAAGUGGGUGGAGGCAAUCCUACGCACACAGACGAGCACUGCAAUUUGGGCACCAUGGUGCAGCUCCGAAUGGCAUAGGGUCAGGGAUACAUUGCAGGGUAAUGAAUGUAUCCAAUGAGCAGCUUGUGGUUUGUCUUAGAAAGGCCAUUAUGCCAACAGAAAGAAUGAAUGAAAGGACCAGAGGCUGCUAAGGGAUGGCAGUUUACGAGGCUGUGGCGGAAGGAAGGAAGCAGGUAUCUAUCCACAGAUGAUGAACAUGUCUAUGCACACACCGGAGUACCAUUUGGCUCUAGAAAGUUAUGAAAUUUUGAUAUAUGCUGCAUGGAUGAACCUUGAAAACAUUGCUUCAAGUGAAAUAAGCCAGACAGAGGACAUGAAUGAUUCCCCUUAUAUGAGGUACCUAGAAUAGGCAGAUUCACAGAGACACAAAGUACAAUAGAAGUUCCCAGGGAGUGGGACAGGGGAGAAGGAGAUACUGCUUAAUGAGACCAGAGUUUAUGUUGGGGAUGAUGACAAAGUUUUGGGUUUAGAGAUUGGUGAUGGAUAUACAGCAUGAUGAAUGUAUUAAAUGUCACUAAAUUGUACACUUACAAAUGGUUAAAAUGAUAAAUAUUGUUAUAUUUAUUCACAGUAAAA